AAUUAAGCAAGUGAUGGUCCCUCAGCAUCCAGAGAGAGAGGGAGAUAGAUGUACAGAGAGACGGACAAAAGUGAGGAAGGAAAAAAAGAGAGAGAGAGAAAAUAGAGAGAGAUAAAUAGAGAGAGAGAGGGAAAGAAAGAGAGAUAGAGAGAGAGAGCGAGACAGAGAUACAUUUAGAGAGUGAGAGGCGAGAGUUUGUGAGUUUGAGCACACUCUGUGGCUGAGUCUUUGAAAAGGGAGACGAUGUGGGCUCAGUCAUGUUGUGUCAUAUCAUAAAUGUGAAGGCAGGGGGACAAGUUUCUGACAGACGGCUCAGCAAUAGUAAAACUCUGCACAGUUGCGGCGCGGGAGGAGAUUGAGUAGUGAGUAGUGAGUAGUGAGUAGUGAGUAGUGAGUGUGAGUGCGGAGCGGGAGAAAACAGCUGUUGACGGACAGUUUUGUGGAGCUGAGUGAAGGAAAGCAGCGGAGCAGACAACAUCAGGGCUGACUGAGACAGUUUGGACUGGGAACCUCGGAGUGACAGGGAUAACAGGAUUGAUAGACUUCAUGGGGUCAAAGCCUUGAUAUUGAUGUGUGAUCUGUGAUGUCACUCAGGGAGACGAGCAUGACUGAAGAGUCAUCUCUAUAAAACAUGGAUGUCACGGGUCUCAGCGAGGGGAAGCAGUUGGCUGACACACACACGCUAAACACGCGUGGUCUAGAAUCAGCGGUCAGGACACACAUCACGCUCUGCCCGUCUCCCGACCUCAUUUCAUCAAGAUGUUAACUUCAGAGCGACAGUGCAGCCCGGGGCCUCCAUCAUCGACAUGGUCAAUGUGACGACAUCACCCAGCAGCAAUGCCACCCCAGAGGGUCUGACUGAGAAGGGGCUGGUGGUCCUGGGCCAGAGGAAAGAGUAUGAUUACAACUACUUUGCCCUGGUGCUGGGUGUGCCGCUCAUCCUGAUCAUCAUCCUGGGCAACGUACUUGUGUGUCUGAGCGUGCUCACUGAGCGCUCCCUGAAGACUGCCACCAACUACUUCAUCAUCAGCCUGUCUGUGGCCGACCUACUGCUGGCUGUACUGGUGCUGCCCCUCUAUGUCUACUCUGAGUUCCUGGGUGGUACCUGGACCCUGAGCACAUACAUCUGUGAUGCUCUGAUGACCAUGGACGUCAUGCUGUGCACCGCCUCCAUCCUCAACCUAUGUGCCAUCAGUGUGGACAGGUACAUAGCGGUGGUGGUGCCACUGAAGUAUAACAGGAACCAGUUCAGCUUGCGGCAGCUGGUCCUCAUUACGGCCACCUGGGUUCUCUCCCUGGGCGUCGCCAGUCCCGUCAUCUUCGGCCUCAACCAGGUGCCGGGCCGCGACCCCACCGUGUGCAAGCUGGAGAACGACAGCUUCGUGGUCUACUCCUCCGUGUGCUCCUUCUUUGUGCCUUGCCCUGUCAUGCUCUUCCUGUACUACUGGAUGUUCCGGGGGUUGAGACGCUGGAGCUCAGGCAGGAGCCGCUCCCAGCUGACGAGGGGAGGGAAAAGGAGCCUGUCCCUGCGCCUCAGCUCCGCCCUGCAGAGGGAGAACGCAGGGGUCAGGGCGGGUGCCAAGGAGAAGGUGGUGUACCUCAUGCCCACAGCUCUCAGCCCGAUGUCACCGUCGGCUGUAUCGAUGGCUUCGCCCACAGCGACCCUGGGGGUGGAGGACAAGCAGCAGGAUGGUUUGGGGGUGGCCGUGGCGGAGAGCGACCCCAUGACUACCCAGAUGGACAGCGUUUCGGACGCGGAUCCCACGGAGAGGCCAGCUAGGCAGGGGAAGAGCCUGAAGGAGAAUGGGCUGGCCCACGCUAAGGCUAAUAAGAGGGGGCGCCGUAACAGCAAGAGUAGCAGAGUGAGUGGGAGGGAGCGCAAAGCCAUGAAGGUUCUUCCUGUUGUAGUUGGUAGGUGUGUUCCUAGCCUGUUGGACGCCUUUCUUUGUGGUACAUGUGACCAAUGUGCUGUGCGUGUCCUGCGAAAUCAGCCCCACUCUGAUCUCCGUGGUAACGUGGCUGGGCUACGUCAACAGUGCUGUCAACCCCAUCAUUUACACUGCCUUCAACGCAGAGUUCCGAAAUGUCUUUCACAAACUUCUCUGCUGUCGAGCAUGAGGCCUGAGUUCUGAGAUCUCUUUGACAAACUAUUCAUUGCGAUAGGACAACAAUUAUCUUUAUGGUUCAACCUGAGGCCUGAAUUCUAGAAUGUUGCUCUCGGCCAUGAGACCUGAAUUAAAUGAUCUUUCACAAAACUCCUCGGUUGCUGGAUGUGAGAGUGACUUCUUUACCCAAAUGGGUUUUCCUGGAUUUAAGUGCUGGCAGAACGCGAGGUUGUCAAAAUGGAUGAACAAUACAGGGGGACAACAUGACAGGAUUUGACUGAUGCCUUAGUUGACAUAUUGUGUACUGAAAGACAGUGGCUCACAGUAUCUGAUGUUUCUACAUUGAAGUUGAUACUGUGCGAAAUAUUGCUUGGUUACAGAAGAUGGUGAAUACUGUUAAUAUCACAGCCCAAAGGCAUAAAAUAUGUGAACAACGUGCACACUUAAGAACAUCUAACUAUUUGAUGUGUGAGUUUUGAUCUCUCUCAGAAUGAAAUGUUGAUGUUAUGUACGGUUCUCAAUUUUGAUUUAAUAAUGUGCAGGUUUUCUGUAUUGGUAUUGCGUUUCAUUUUCUUUCGAAUUGACUUUGUCUCCAUUUAUCCUGAGGAUUUGGGAGACUUUAGGGACAGGGUGGCUCAAGAAGAACUCCAAUUACACGGCAAACAUAGUUAAAUCAAAAAUUCAAAAAAACACUCCGUUUUCUAUCUUGUGGAUGACAGACAUUGCCUGUAGAUAAUAUUAUGAACAUUUACGCCACCAGAAGGGACAAAUGACAGACUUUAGGGCCAACAUUGUGGAAGGAACUAUUGAAGAUGAUGUCAUUUGUAAAGUCAUACUACGACCUAUUUUGACGAAAGUGCUGUGAAUGUGACAAAUGUAAACAACUCUCUUUGUCGUCGAUGGAAAAAUAAUAAAACAUGUU